AUGACAAAUCGAGCCGAAGUUGACACAGCCUUCCCUCAGUUCCCCUUUCUGCCUCGAGAGCUGCGCGACCGCGUCUGGUAUUUCGCCGCGCCAGCCCCAGCUGAUGACGAUCCAGCCCUAUUCUUCUUCUCCUAUGGACUCGUCACACAGUAUAGACCAGAGCUUGGAGACUUUGGAUUCGACUUGGAUUUCGAGGAUAUGACCCUCUUCGCCCGGUUUUGCCAUGAAGAUCUCGAUGCUGUACCAGUGCGCCUCGCGCUUUCGCAGGUUAAUAAAGAGGCGAGGGAUACAGUGCUUCGGUCCGCCUAUCACCUGGGAUACGAAACGUUCAAAACCAAUAGUUCUGGAGCCCUCAUUCUCGGCCGCCGGAUGAGACCUACAAAGGACGUCCUGUUUAUAAGAGAUGAUGAUCAUAGGGUCUUUCUUGAAGAAGUGUGGGACAAAUUCGUCGACACAGAAGCCUGCUUUAGCGACUACCCCGGUCCACGUAUUUGGGGACUCAAUAGUAGUGAGCUACUCUCGUGUCCCGAAUAUCCCGAAAGUAUUGUUCACGAUCAACCGUCGGUGGAAAGAGUCUAUAUAUUCGCGAGCCCAGAUAUAGAAAAGACUAGAAGCAGCCAUAAUGGACUGCAGGAAAGGCGUAUAAGUGUAAAACAGGAUAAUGGAAGAAGUUGGGUUUGCAGCGAAGACGGCAAAACCUGGAGCUGGGGUCUGGGCGACAAAGUCGGCACAGAUCAGUUGAACGACCUAGUCCAACGCUGCACGGUAAAUAUGAGCGAUCUAUAUGUUUCAAAAUGGGGGACUGAAUUUAGCAUCAGAAUUGUUGAAGCAGUAUGCAAUUAG